UGUGCAAAUGUCAAAUUUUUGAAUAAAAAUGAUUUUGUGAAUAAUAUUUACAAAUGGAAAGAAAUUAAAAGAAAAUUAUGAAGAAAUGUUUACUUGGAUGAUUCGAGGACAGUCACGUCAUCAUUUCAGUUGUGGGUGAAGUACAACAAUAAAUAAAUGGCAAAUAAACCGUGCAGUCGCAAAAAAUGUUCAUACUAUCCAUUUGUUGACUUUCCAACUUAUUUAGAGAUCAAAAUUUAUUUAGGUGAAAUAUGUCGAACAUAUCCACAUCUAGCCGAAAUUGAAAUAAUUGGAAUCACAACACAAAUGGCCGAGAUAUACAUGAUUAAACUACAGAAAGACGCGUGUAGUUCAAAAUCAAAAGCACGCGAUAUUGUGUUUGUUGAUGCUACCAUCCAUGCACGUGAAUGGUUGUCUACAUCUACUGCAAUGUAUCUUAUCAACUAUAUCAUCCUUAAUCAUCAUAUUUUGGAUCAUAUAAACUAUUACAUAGUGCCGUGUGUGAACGUAGAUGGUUAUAUAUUCUCCAUGGAAAAUAAAUGCUAUCGACUAUGGCGUAAGAAUCGAACGUUGAAUUGUUCAUCAGAUGUCACUUUACAAGGAGUUGACUUAAAUCGUAACUUUCCUAUUGGAUUCUCAUUGCCUGGGAGUAGUGAUGAUCCUGGUUCAUUUAACUACCGAGGUGAAGAACCGCUUAGUGAACCAGCUAGUAAAGCUAUGUCGUUUGCAAUCAACAAAUAUUGCAAGAAAAUUAUACUGUACAUAAGUUUACAUUGUUACGGCAACGCCAUAUUGUAUCCAUGGUCGUUUACCAAAGCACCUAUACCCGAUUGUCAAGAUUUGUUUGAAUGUGCAAUGCAUGGACGAAACGCAAUUUGUAAACAUUCGGAAGGAAAACGUAAAAUGCGAGUUGGAAACGCCGCAAAAAUUAUGAAUUUAGCAGCUGGAACCAGCACAGAUUACGCCCGUUAUGUCCACGGCAUAAAAUUCUCCUACAUUUUUGAAUUGCAAGGUUAUGGCACUUCCGGUUUUACUCCGCACAAGAAACACAUCCCUUCAAUUGGUUUUGAAACAACAAUGGCGAUAUUUGCAAUGGCGCGUCACGCUCAAGUGUAUUACCAACGUAGAAGAUGUAAGAAAGUAACUGCGGAUAUAAUAAUUGAUGAAAACGACGGCGAAGAUGAAAACGACGACUGCAAACCGUGCCCGAAGAAGAAAAAGAAAACAUGUUCUUCAUGUCCACCGCCUUCUAAAGAAGCAGUGGAAUAAAGUGAUGUUUGUGCAAUAAAUUAUUAUUUAUACAUAA